AUGCUUUCUUCAUUCGCCUCCAAAUUCCACUAUCUCCGCUCGCGUCAAUCUAUCAUUUCCCUUCACCUUCAAGUUCUUCUCUUUCACAAUACCACCACUGACAGAAGCCCUCGAUUGCUUCCCAAGCCCGCCUCAAUUCCCAAUCCAAACCAUCCGAAACCCGAUCUCGUGGCCAUUCGGUCAUUGACCCGCUCCGAUUACCCGGAUUUCCAACCCGCUGCAGUUGUCGAAACACUCAAUUGCUACGCCAAUGACUGGAAGCUGGCAUUGGAGUUCUUCAACUGGGCCGAGACCCAGUGCGGGUUUCGGCACACCACUCAGACGCUCAACCGUAUGAUCGACAUUCUCGGUAAGUUCUUCGAAUUCGAUGCCGCCUGGAAUCUAAUUGAAAAGGCGAGAAGUAAUCCGCAUUCUUCGCCUGAUCACACGACUUUCCGCGUGUUGUUCAAGCGCUAUGCAUCUGCCCAUCUUGUUAAAGAAGCCAUUGAUGCUUUCUGCAAACUGGAUGAGUACAGUUUGAGGGACGAAACAUCUUUCUCAAACCUGAUCGAUGCUCUGUGCGAAUACAGGCACGUGAUUGAAGCUGAAGAUUUGUGCUUUAAGAAAAAUUGGGCUGACGAACAUGGCGUUGAUAUCUCGAAUUUUAAUGUAGAAAGUACGAAAAUAUACAAUAUGAUUUUGCGUGGCUGGUUUAAAAUGGAGUGGUGGAGAAAAUGCAGGGAGUUUUGGGACGAGAUGGAUAAGAAGGGCGUGAAGAAGGACUUGUAUUCAUACUCGAUAUACAUGGACAUUCAGUGCAAGUGCAGGAAACCUUGGAAGGCCGUGAAAUUGUACAAGGAGAUGAAGAAGAAGGGUAUCCGAUUAGACGUGGUGGCGUACAACACGGUCAUACGGGCACUCGGGCUUUACGAGGGGGUUGAUGUGUCAAUGAGGCUUUACAAAGAGAUGAUUGAAUUAGGCUGCCAGCCAAAUGUUGUAACAUUCAACACAAUUAUUAAGCUCUUGUGUGAUAGCGGUAGGUACAGAGAGGCACAUAAGGUGUUUGAUCUAAUGAUCAAAAAGGGUUGUGAGCCGAAUAUAGUCACCUACCAUUGCUUUUUCACUAGCCUUGAAAAGCCCCGAGAGAUUUUGAAACUGUUUGAUGGGAUGUUGGAGAGAGGGGUCCGCCCGAGGAUGGACACGUAUGUGAUGCUCAUGAGGAAGUUCGGGAGGUGGGGUUUCCUCAGGCCCGUUUUACUCAUGUGGAAGAAAAUGGAAGAGCAUGGGCUGGGCCCAGAUGAGUUUGCGUAUAAUGCUUUGAUUGAUGCUUUGGUGCAGAAAGGUUUGGUGGAUACGGCACGUAAAUAUGAGGAUGAAAUGUUGGCGAAGGGGCUUUCGGCUAAGCCGAGAGCUGAGUUACGGGCUAAUGUGGAUGGUGAGAGAGGUGAAAAUGGAUGA